AUUCUCCGGUCCAGUUGGUGGCGGUAAUGCAACAUUAGACUGGAUGCCACCCGCCGUUAAACCAAAGAAGGAGUUGCGCGAGCUAGAACAACAACAGCUGCCAGUUCAAUGUCAAGCGUCAAGCCUUCCAUGUCUGAACCCAAGUCCCCGGGUUCUUACUGUGGUGUUCCAGCACAGAGAAGCUCACAGUGGGGUCCAGAGAUGGUCUUAGUGAAGCUGGAGGACUGUAGUCAACCACUGGAACUCAAUGUGAUAGUCAAAGAGGAAGAGGAGGAGAGGGAAGUCAAGGAAGAGGUAGAGAAUAAAGAGGCGGAGGACAUGGCCCUCAAAGAGGAGGCGGAGGACAUGGCCCUCAAAGAGGAGGCGGAGGACAUGGCCCUCAAAGAGGAGGCGGAGGACAUGGCCCUCAAAGAGGAGGCGGAGGACAUGGCCCUCAAAGAGGAGGCGGAGGACAUGGCCCUCAAAGAGGAGGCGGAGGACAUGGCCCUCAAAGAGGAGGCGGAGGACAUGGCCCUCAAAGAGGAGGCGGAGGACAUGGCCCUCAAAGAGGAGGCGGAGGACAUGGCCCUCAAAGAGGAGGCGGAGGACAUGGCCCAAAGAGGAGAGGAGGCGGAGGACAUGGCCCUCAAAGAGGAGGCGGAGGACAUGGCCCUCAAAGAGGAGGCGGAGGACAUGGCCCUCAAAGAGGAGGCGGAGGACAUGGCCCUCAAAGAGGAGGCGGAGGACAUGGCCCUCAAAGAGGAGGCGGAGGACAUGGCCCUCAAAGAGGAGGCGGAGGAGAGGGUGGUCACAGAAGUGGAGAACAGGGAAGAAGUAGAUGGGAACACUGACCCAGUUCGCUGCAGGUAG